AUGGCUGAGCUUAUCUUUGCAACUCUCCCAUUUGAGUUGGCCGGCCCUGUGAAUCUGCAUCCUUAUCCCGUUAGCGCGAAGAAAGGCAUACAGAUGGCAUACAUAAUUCAAUUGUCUCUCUCCACCGGACGAGACUGCAUUUUCUCCACGGCGCAGCAUUUGCCCAAAGCCAAACUUUCCUUGCUCCCCUGCUCCUCCGAGUCCUCGGCAUCUCCCCAUCCGUUCAACUCGCCUCAGUCCUAUCCUCGCCGAUCCAGGCCGUCCACCUCGGCUCUGCCCGGCUCACGGUUGCUGAGACGGCAAGGAUUAAGUCUGCCCAGUGAGGAUGUGGUAUGGCAAUGA